ACAAACUAAUAGCUUCCUCUGAAGGGUGUUGGUGGCUGCCGCUGCACGGUUUCAUCGUUCACCCUCCCUUCUCUUCUCAAUCUCCGUUGCUUUGGUUGAUAUUCCUUCUGUCAAGAUGGUUGGACCAGCACCGUUUGUAGAAAUAGGCAAAAAAGCCAAAGACCUCCUGACAAAAGAUUACUACUUUGACCAGAAGUUUACUCUUUCAAUGCUGAGCUCCACUGGAAUGGGACUUACAGCCACAGGGCUCCAGAAGGAUCAAAAUUUUUUUGGAGACAUAAAUACCGUGUAUAAGAGUAGAAAUACUACUGUGGAUGUGAAAGUUGAUACCUAUUCUAAUGUGUCCACAAAAGUGACUGUCAAUGAUGUCUGGCCAUGUUCCAAAGCUGCUCUAAGUUUUAGGAUACCUGAUCACAAGUCCGGGAAGUUGGAUGUCCAAUAUCUUCAUCCUCAUGCUGCCAUUGAUUCUAGCAUUGGCCUAAAUCCAUCUCCCCUAUUGGAGCUUUCAGCAACAAUUGGCAGCAACGAGCUUUAUUUGGGUGGUGAAGUUGGAUUUGAUACAGCUUCUGCUUCUUUUACCAAGUACACUGCUGGGAUUAACUUGAACAAGCUAGAUUUUUCUGCUGCUCUUUUGCUGACUGAUAAAGGACAGGCAUUGAAGGCAUCAUAUAUCCAUUCUGUCAAUCCCUUCACUUCUGUUGCUGCUGAAAUGGCUCAUAGAUUUUCUACCUAUGAGAACACUUUCACCAUUGGAAGUUUUCAUGCUGUGGACCCUUUUACAGUGGUAAAAACGAGGUUCUCUGACAAUGGGAAGGUUGCAAUGCUCUGCCAACGUGAAUGGAGGCCGAAGUCACUAGUAACGUUUUCGGCAGAGUAUGAUUCGAAGGCCAGGAAGGCAUCCCCUAAGAUGGGGCUUGCCCUUGCUCUCAAGCCUUGACUGUGAAGAUCUCAUUCCGUAAUUUUAAAUUUUGAUAUGUUUUUUCCCCCGAACCAUUGUGGGAGUUGUCAUUCACCCAGAUUAUUUUUUGUAGCGAAAAAUUAUAAAAGCAAAAUGUUCAGAUAAUGAGCUGAUGAAUGUUUUCACCACAACAUUGGUGUGGGGGAAUUGAACCCAAAUUUUAUAAUGAUAACAGCACAGCAGUUUUUCUUGCUGAAUGCUAAUAAUGUUCACGUUGUGUGAUAGGUGGUGCUUCCCCUAACGUUGUAUUGAGGA